AUGUCGUCCUAUAUCGGUGCAGAGAUAAGCAGCAUACUGGACUCAAAAUCCAGCAAGGGUGGUGUUUCUCCACACACAGGAGGACAGGACGAGAGACCACCCAAACCCACCGUGCCGGGCUCACAGCAAGCCCAGGCGACUCGCCGAUGGGUUCCUCCGAGCGUUCUCAGACGCGAUGUACAGCCUCACUCAGACCGACAUGACCAGAUUUUUCGCAGAGUCAGAGGAAUCCUCAACAAGCUCACACCAGAGAAGUUUGAUAAGUUGAGUCUUGAGUUGCUCAAUGUGGGCAUCGACAACUCUGUCAUCCUUAAGGGUGUUAUUUUACUAAUUUUUGACAAGGCUUUAGAAGAGCCCAAGUACAGCAACUUGUAUGCACAGCUGUGUCAUCGACUAUGUGAAGACGUACCAAACUUCGAACCCCCUUCCUCUGGCAUAACUAGCUUUCGUCGACUCCUCCUAAACAAGUGCCAAGACGAAUUUGAGAACAGAUCAAAGGCAACUGAAGCAUUUGACAAGAAAGAUGGCCCACUCACAGAAGAAGAGUGUGAGCAGUACCACCUGGCCAAAGAAAAGAUGCUUGGCAAUAUCAAAUUUAUUGGAGAGCUCGGAAAGCUGGAGAUGCUACAUGAGGGCAUUCUCCACAAAUGCAUCCAGCAGCUCCUGGAAAAGAAAAAAAACACGCCUGUGCGAGACAUGGCCGAAGACCUGGAAUGUCUGUGUCAAAUAAUGCGCACUGUUGGCCCUCGCCUGGAUACCAGUAAGGCAGAGGCAUUGAUGAAUCAGUACUUUAAGCGAAUUGAAGUCUUCGCAAUAAAUGAGGAGCUGCCAUCCAGGAUCCGCUUCAUGUUGCAGGAUGUCAUUGAGCUGCGAGCUAAUCAGUGGAAGCCAAGACGAGUGGCUAGUGACAAUGGACCUCGUACCAUUCAAGCCAUUCGGCAGGAGGCAGCAAAUGGUCAGGGUCGGAGCAAGAUGUUCAAUGCGCAGAGUUUGAAUGGGCACUUGGGCCCACAGUGGAAGCCUGGUUUUGGUGACAUCUUCAAUGUGCCUUUAGGUUCCAUGAGUACUGCCAUUGGAACAGGUCCUGGGGUUAUUCAGGUUGAUAAUUUUGCACCUCAGUUUGCUGGCAACAUGGGUGGUGGUGGUGGAGGAGGAGGUGGUGGCGGCGGCGGGCGCAAUCGUGGGAACCAACAAAAUCAGAGUGGUUUCCAAAAUAACUACCGCAACCGCAACAAAGAAGGUGGCAGCCCUCAGAACCAGCGUCGCAACAAUCAGCAGCAACAGCAGCAGCAGCAGAACACCCAGCAGCAGCAGCAGCAGCAACAACAACAGCAGCAGCAGAACAGGCAAGGCCCAGGAAAUCGAGAGAACAUGCCACCCAGAUUUCAGCGAAUGCAGCAGCAGCAGCAGCAGGUCACCACUGGUGGCAAAUCCCAAGGACAGUCAUCGUCAGCACCAGGCAGUGCGGGCAGUGGGAUAGGUGUCAGUCGUGGUGCACCAUCGCCUCCACUUCCAGGAACUGGCAGUCUGCUUAAUGGCAAAGAGGAGCUUAGUCUGCGGCCACAGAAGAACUUUAUGUUUAAGCCCAACACUCCAGCCAUGCUUCCGCGUUCAGCCCAGGCAGCACCCUCCCAACCUCUCGCCCCUCAGUCCACCCCUUUGUCUAUAUCCCCGAAGAGGGUAACAGUGGAUGUAGCCAACCCACCCAUCCAUAAACAGCAGCCUAUUGUAAUCAAGCCUGCCAAGGAGGAAAAGCCUAAGAUACCAAAGAAAGAACCAAUCACAAAAGAUGGGCUGCAAGAGAAAGUGCCGGACAUUCUUGCAACCUUCCACAACAAACAAGACAUAAUUGAGACCGUCAGUGCUAUCAAGGAACUGAUUGUGCCAAAGAGGCUGAUUUCUGACCUUCUAGCUCAGUUUAUGAUGGGUUCCAUUAACAGAGCAGCUUCCAAAAACACUAUCAUGUAUACAAAUAUGUCUAAACUUUUGCAGAGUUUCAAAAUGGUAGCAGACCAGAUGGCAGAACUGGAACAGGACACUCCCUUGGUAAAAUCUCACGUGGCACGCUUUGGUGCACAGGCGUUGGUGUGUGGGGUUGCCACUCUUGUGGAACUGGCUGAGCCGUUUCAUAAUGGUAUACACUAUCCCCUUUUCCUUCUGUGCCUGCAAGCUGCCCAUCGCGUUAAGGACAAACAGUGGUUGGUGAGCGUCUUCACUGAUAGCAAACUCAACCUGCAAGAAAUGCUGCCAGAAAUAGACCAGAGGAAGGAACGUAUGCUUGAGAUUCUGGAAGAUCGCGGCCUCAGCUUCUUGUUCCCACUCCUUCGUGUACAGUCUGAACUUGGACGCCAGAUUGCUGCCGAGCCUUCCGCCAAUGCCAUUUUCAAGUGGAUAAAGGAACGGGUCGACCCUCAGCUGUUUACAAACACUAAAUUCAUUAACAUUCUUAUGACGAGUGUGCUGAAGUACAUCACAGGAGAAAGCACGCUUGGUGAGAAUGCAGAUGCAUUGCUAACACCAGACAAAGCCCUGAUGGACAAGGAGAAAGAACUGCUGGACAGACUCAAGGGUGUCCUGCAAAAGUUUUUGCAUGAGCACAUAGACCUUCAGGUGGCUGCCCUUUAUGCGGUUCAGGUCUUUUGCUCCAACCAUGAUUUUCCAAAAGGCAUGCUUUUGCGUUUCUUUGUUUACUUCUAUGACCUUGAGAUCGUGGAAGAGGAAGCUUUUAUACGCUGGAAAGAAGAAGUAAAUGAUGAGUACCCAGGCAAAGGCAAAGCUCUUUUCCAGGUAAAUCAGUGGCUUACAUGGUUGGAACAGGCUGAAGAGGAGUCAGAAGAGGAGGAAGAUGAAUAGAUAAAUGUUUAGUAUCAUCAGCAUCUGGUAGCAGUGCUUGCAUUAUGACCAUUCUCACAAGAUGUGGAAUAAUAUUUUUUCCUCGGAGUCAUCUCUGGCCCAUGCCAUUGGAGAGUUUCUAAAUCGCACAUUGUUGCAUCUUAACUCUGUAGACAUAUUUCCUGCUACAGAGGACUAGAGAGUAGUUACCAUUUAAAAGAUUUUGUGUGAAAGACAAUGUGACAGGUGUGUAGUCUGAUGGAUCUUGGCUGGCCAAGCAAUGGAACAGAUGAUUUAGCUUACCUGGAGUGAAUUAGCAGCAAGAAAGGAUAUUGCACUCUUGAGAAGAGGCCUUCCAGUUUUUAAAAAAAAAUGGAGGGGAGGGUUUGGGAAAGUAUACUGCAACUUGAAAAGGUUAACUUUGACUGAAGAUCUGAAAGAUCAAAGUAGGUGUUGCAUGUUGAAGAGCAAAGAUUGGUCCCAGAAUUUUGUUGUAUACUUGAGCGCCAGAGGACUUGGUGCUGAAAAUAAUGGAAUAAGACAUUGCAAAUCUUUUUUUUUCAACCCCUCCCCCACCCACCAGGGUUUGCUGCAUUCUUCCAUCUCCAUGUGUAUCAACAAAACUAUUUAAGCUGUUCAGUCUUGCCAUAAUUCUUUGAUGUGCUGUGUACAUACACAACCUUCACAAGCUUAACGUUGAGGAAGCUCUAUGUAAGCAUGUCUGCCAUCAGUUUUGAAAGUCUGAGGGUAACAGUUUUGAUAUAUAUUUUUUUAACAUCCGCUUUUAAAUGUGCUUUCGUCUCUGGAGUCUUAGAAUCAUGAAAGAACAUCUGCAAUAUUGGAUAAUUUCAUCCGGCUUGAUUUGGCUGGUCCUCGUGUAUGCAGCUCACAUGAUAGCAUAGUAGUUUAUCAUCUGCUGUGCUGAUGGUGUUAAUGCAGAAUUAGGAUUAGAAGCCUUCCAUCUGAUUUAUAAAUCUUAUUAAGUCUUGCUUACACUUCAUUCAUGAGGACUAGAGUUGUUUUGAGAUAAUUUUCUUUUGUUCACUUUGUGUGUAUGCAUGCUUUUCUGUUGUUUUUUUUUUUUUAAUAACUUGUGGAUAUCAUCUAUGAAGAUUUAGUAUCGUAUACAGUUUUCCACCUUGUACAGUAGGCAGAAUAGAAUCUCCUGGACCUGUGAUUUUUUUUUUUUUUUAACUAUUUUAUUGGUGAGGGUCUGUGAAUAGAUGCAAAUUAGUUUACAGUUUCUUUCCUGUUGAGAUCCUUUCCACACAUCACCCUUCCAGCCCAAUCCACUCCUACACGCCUACUUUUGUGUGUGUGUAUAUAUAUAUCUUUUAAUGUGUAGCUUUGUAACAAGAUAGGUGAUGUAUGACAUCACACCUUUGAGCUUGUGACAUUGAAAGGGUAUUACCUUCCCCAGUACUUGCAGAGGUGGGAAUAUUGUCAUUUGUUCAUUAUAAAAUCUUGAUAUCUUCCAAACAUAACAUGACUUUUUCUUACACAUCUGUCACUUUGGCUGAUUUCUGCUUUAUUUGCCUUGUAUGCAUCUUAAUGUAUGCAUUUGACUUUUAUGCAUCUUAAAUGCCAACAUCAGUUAGUUGUGUUUAAUUCUCCACUAAAAUGGUUGCCCUUUUCUCAAGAAUAUUCCCGAUAGUUUUUGUCAGUCUUUGCCAUACUUCCUGUUACUGUGUUGUAACAAUAUAAAUAUUUAAUCAUUGCAAAAUAAUGUUACAGUAGAUAACAUUAAUGUAGCCUUUCUACCAAUUCUUUUCAGUCUUUGUAAUCUUCUGGUGUGGAUUAUUAACGCAUGAAGGUUACCAAAACUGGAAAGAGUUGCGGUUCUGCAUGCCUACUAAGUGUUGCUGAUGGCUCGGUGCAGUUUCUAGUACAUUUUUAGGUAAGUUUAGAAAGGUGAUUGUAACAGGGCUGUUGUAUUGGUUCAUAUAUGUGCAGAUAGUUAUUUCUGUUAAAAAGGCCUAGCUAUUUUCUUUAUUCAGUCUUUUCUAACAUCACCCCCAUUUUCUGUCCAUAGUUCAGUGAAAAACCUUAAAUUUUUUUUUUCAGUGGCAGACUUCAGUAAGUCUUGCAUGUUUUCUCUCAUUGAAUGUCUUAACAACAAGGGAUGUGCAUUGUAAUAAACUUUCCAAAUUGUAAA